GGGGGCGAGGGCGGCGGGGGGGUGGGAUGCAUGGUGUCGCGGCCUCCCGGGAGCCCCGUGUGCCCGGUCUGAACACCGGCCGCUGCUGUCUCGCAGUCCGGCUCGCCCCCUGCGCGGCCGCGGCCCCGCUCUUGGCUGCAGCCGCGCCGUCUACCUGAGGUAGCGACGUGGCAGACCGGGCGGUCGGCGGAGCCAGGCGAGUGUGUUCCUUCAGCGCAGGGCAGCGCUCGGCGCCGCUGGCGGACCGCGCUGUCCCUACCGAUGCGAGGGCAUUGACAGCAAGACAGCAGAAUGAAGUCCAAGUGCUGCAGUCGGUUUGUGUUUUGCUCCAGGACAACCAUCUAUACCCUUCUGCUUGGAGGAGUGUUUAUUGCAUUGGGCUCAAGUCGAAUCCUCCUGAUGAAGUAUUCUGCCAAUGAAGAUAACAAAUAUGAUUACCUUCCUACAACAGUGAACAUAUGUUCUGAAGUAGUAAAACUGGUCCUGUGUGUGGUAUUGGCAUUAUGGGUUAAGAAAAAAGAGGGUUGUUUGGAUCAUCCCUUUGAAUGUCUUACUUGGAAGAAUUUUUGUAAUUCCAUGAAAUGGUCAAUUCCCGCCUUUCUUUACUUUUUGGAUAACUUGAUUGUCUUCUACGUACUGUCCUACCUCCAGCCAGCAAUGGCUGUACUCUUCUCAAAUUUUGUCAUUAUAACAACAGCUCUUCUUUUCAGGAUAGUGCUAAAGCGAAAACUCUCUUGGGUACAAUGGGCAUCUCUGGUGAUUUUAUUCCUGUCCAUCGUUGCCCUGACUCUAGGAACUGGAGGCCAUCAGCAGAGCUUGGCUGCACACGGAUUCCAUCACAAUAUGUUUUUCAGUCCAUCUAACCACUGCCUUCUCCAUGCUGGCCCUGAGGAAGCAUGCCUGGAAAAGGGCAACUGCGAAACACCAAAUUUCCUUCCCAGCUUCCAGUGGAAUGUCACCAGUACCAUGGCAGGAGCACUGAAACCUCUCCACCUCAGCCUGGGCCAUCUGCUUAUUCUGGUGCAGUGUUUCAUUUCUGCCCUGGCUAACAUCUAUAAUGAAAAGAUAUUGAAAGACGGGGAUCAGCUUGCUGAAAGCAUCUUCACGCAGAACAGCAAACUCUAUGCUUUUGGGGUGCUGUUCAAUGGGUUUAUGCUCGGGCUGCGGGCUAAGGACCGGAGGCAGAUAGGGAAUUGUGGCUUCUUUUAUGGGCACAACAUCUUCUCGGUGGCUCUCAUAUUUGUCACAGCAUUCCUGGGGCUGUCUGUAGCCUUCAUCUUGAAGUUCCGAGACAAUAUGUUCCAUGUUAUGACUGCUCAGAUCACCACUGUCAUCAUCACCACCGUCUCUUUCAUCAUUUUUGACUUCAGGCCUUCUCUAGAGUUCUUUUUGGAAGCUCCUGUAGUGCUUCUCUCCAUAUUCAUCUAUAAUGCCAGUAAACCAAGAGGCCUGGAUUAUGCCACUCUGCGGGAAAGGGGCAAACUCGUCAAAGGAGAUGCAUGGGAGAGGUCAAGUGGGGAUGGAGAAGAAUUUGAGAGAUUGAACAAACCAAGCAGUGACAUCGAUACAGAUGAAGAUUCCCUCUAGCAUGAGGCUGGCUCAGAGAAGUGUUAUUACUCAUAGUGAGAGAAUGUUAAUGUUUUAUUAACAUAGAGAAAGGUAAUUUUUCCCCACUUACAGAGCAAUUGAGACUGUUUUGGGGCUGGAUCUCCGAGGUGGAUAAGGAAAACAUUGAAGCCAUAUAUAUGGAGAGUUGUAUUCACUCUUUCUAUCCAUGUAAAUCAGGAGUUCCAAAUGUGGUGAAAGCAGUAAAAUUUGUAACUGAUGCAGACAAGAAGAGGCUUGGACCCUGGACUCCGCAGUCUGGGUGAUGUGCUGCAUUGUGGAAGGAAGUCCUGGACGCUAACCAUAUGUCUUUCACUGCUUUGGUUGAUUGUCCUGAGUCACUGCAACUUCCUGUAUGAAUUCCUUGGUUAGCAAAGCAGAGAUAAAACCGUUCUCUACCUUGCAGAUGUGAUAUGAGUGUUGAUUAAUGUUUUUGCUGCAUCUUCCAAUGUACAAAUGCUCCAGUAAGUUUUAUUUUCAGGACUUAAGAUGUUACUAAUAACCUCAUCAAUAAUGAGGCAUGUUGACUGUUUUAUUGUAUUUUGGCAGUUCAGAUUGACAUAUCUCUAUCUGAGUAAAAGGGUACCCCUGAACCAACCUCAUCAAACUUUCACUUGAGAAUGUAUAAUAAAUCAAAUAAUUUGGGUUAAGGUUGUGUUGAUCCUUCAGACAGGCAGAUCUCUAGAGUGUGAUUUGAAUUUGAAUGGUCUUAAUUCUGUCUUCAUUCCUGUUUUUACAUCAGUGUAACCCUGUACUGACUCCUAUGGAGUCCGUCCUUUCUGAUUUUCUCUGAUGUGACUGAGAGCAGAAUAGAUUUCACUGACUUCAGCCACUAGUUCUCCUCACAUUUUCAGUGUGAGACUGUUGUGUGCCUGUCUCCCAGUGUCUGGGGAAAUGGAAAUCUGGAAUGCCUUUGUAGCAGAUAGUGAAUUUUACAUGCAACUUAUGUGGCCUAACUUUGAAAGAGCUUGAAUAAAACAAGUGUUAUACAGUA